AUGCCCUGUCAUGUUGAUACGAUUGUAAAAAUAAACCAAAUACGACAAACUUACAAGGAUGAGACUAAAUUAACAAUAUAUGCAACUGGUACUUAUCCUGUUGAAAGCGAAGAUCACGAACUAGAAAUGGUUUUAUUCAUUCCGAUAAAUGAUGAGGAGAGAGAUCCCAACACACAAUCGAUUUUCGAAAAAAAUGAAUUUUAUUGUGUUAGUGGAAAAAUUGUGUUUCCAAACUUUAAUAACAACUUGAAACUAAAAACCCAUCUCACAAUUAAAAGAGACAUCGGUUCAAACAGAUGCCCGUUGAAAGCUUCGCUUGUCGGUAUCAUGCAAGAUAUGCCAACAGAAAUCAAUGAUGAAAACGCGAUAAUUAAUGUGCUAGUUGAAGAUUAUGCUGGACAAAAUUAUAGCUUCAUUAUUAAAAUAGUAUUUCUUUAUCGUAACACCAGAUUCAAACACUUGAUGAAUAAUACUCGAUCAACCGAAUCAAUGCUUUUUAUCGUAGGUCAAAUGGAAAUCAUUGAAAAAGAUCUAUACAUAUAUGCUGUUGAUAUUUUCUAUGUCAAUAUAAAUUAUGAAAUAAAGAGAAAAGUCUUAGAAUCGGAAAAUUCUCAACUGACAAAGAGAUUAUACAGAUCUGUUUGUUCAAAACUUCUAAUUGCACACCAGAAUGUUAAUGAAAAUACAUCUGAAAUUUCUGAAACUACAAAUUCGGAUGCGAAUAAGGAAAAGGAUGAAUCUACAUCUAAUUUAACUAUCGGAAACUCUAAUUCAACAAGACAUACAAGGGUAGAGGAUGAAAAAGACAAUUACAUUGAAAAUACUGACUUAUAUGGCGAAAAUAUAAAUAACCAUGAUGAUGAAAACGUAAACAAGAACGACGAAUAUGAAAAAAUCACUAACGAUGAAAAAAAAAAGUCUACAUGCAAUUUUGAAAAAUCAAACAAAGGCAAAGAAAAGAUGAUCCAACCAACAAUUCAUAAUACUAGAAAACGAACCGAAUUAGCUAAAAAUGCGAAUUAUAAUGAAAAAACAUAA